GGGCGCAGCUGAUCGGCUCAGUGCUGCGACGGUCCCCAAGCAACUCAGAUCGGCGGAGAUAUAGCGGCACACGUAUAUAGCCAAGUAACCAGAGAGAUAGUCAAAGUCGAAACUCGAGGGCCGCAAAAAGAACUAACGGCACACUCGAGACAGAAAGACAGUCGAUAAGAUUAACGUCAACUUAAUUAAAACUAACGAAAAGCCAGGCACCAAACAAAAGAUUGAUCAAUCGAUCGCAAUUCGAUCGUAACUCGAAUAUAUAGUCUUAGCCUUAGAUAAUAUAAAGAACAGGCCAACUCAAGUGGCGCUCGUUCAAGUGAUUUGUGAUUGUGGUUCAGUUAAUAGCUGAGAAGUGUGAUCUAAUUUUUGGGAACUUACAAGAUCCUGAGGAACCCAAAAGGAUCGGAUCCCUAAAAAGAUGUACGUGGCCAACACCACCGGCGGCUUGAUGCUGCAGACCAUGUUGUACCUGGCCAAUCAGACCAGUCGGGCGGCCGUCAACACCCUGGUCGAUCUGCCACCAGCCCCCAAAAGUGACAUCAACGAGGUGAAGUGCUUUGGGGUCUACGGCUGCUUCCCAAUCAAUGGCCCAUGGAAUACGGUGACGCGUUCGAUCAAUGUUCAUCCCCAGAAACCCUCGGAGAUCGAGCCUCAUUUCACGUUGCACUUGCGAAAGGAACUGGAUCAACCCAAGUAUCUGGACCUUAACGAUCCGGACGCCAUUCAGAGCAUGGGAAUGGAUCCGAAGGGCAAGAUCUUCCUGAUAGUCCACGGAUAUCUGGAGUCCGGUGAGAUUCCCUGGAUGUGGGACAUGGCCAAGGCCCUGCUGGCCCACGAACCGGAGGGUCAUGCAGCAGUGGUCCUGAUUGAUUGGGGCGGUGGAGCCAGUCCGCCGUAUGUCCAGGCGGUGGCCAAUAUCCGGCUGGUGGGCGCCAUCACCGCCCAUGUGGUGCACAUGCUGUACGAGGAACUGCGUCUUCCGAAUCUGGAUAAUGUGCACAUUAUUGGACACUCACUGGGUGCCCAUCUGUCUGGUUAUGCCGGUUAUCACCUGCAGCACGACUUUGGCCUGAAACCGGCCAGGAUUACGGGUCUGGAUCCGGCUGCUCCCCUUUUCACGGACACCGAUCCCAUCGUUCGGCUGGAUAAGACCGAUGCUCACUUCGUGGACGUUGUGCACACGGAUGCCAAUCCCCUGAUGAAGGGCGGAUUGGGCAUCAAUAUGCGGCUGGGCCACGUCGACUUCUUUCCCAACGGCGGUUUCGAUAAUCCCGGCUGCAACAAGAAGUUCCAGGAUGUGGUGAAGAAGAAGACGCUCUUCCUGACCAUGCAGGAGUUCCUCGGCUGCAAUCACAUCCGCAGCCAGCAGUAUUUCACGGAGAGCAUCGGUUCGCAGUGCCCUUUCCUUGGAAUAACUUGUGAUUCCUUUGAGAGCUUUAAGGACACCAAGUGCACCAGCUGCGAGGAGCCAGGCCACACGUGCCUGCGAAUGGGUUACCAUAGCCAGGAGGACUACCAGGAACAGGUAGAAAUGGGUCAGCUGCAGCAGGGAGAUUCACCUGGAGUCUUCUACCUUUGGACCGGUGAUAGUAAGCCCUUCUGCCGCCUGCACUACAGGAUUACGGUGCAAGUUUCCGGACAUGAUGAGAGUACUCUUCACGGCGGUGAGGUGGGCAUCCUGUCCAUUCAACUCCACGACGCCCUGCAAAAGAAGGGGGCCAAGAAAGAGCGAGCCGCCACGGAGAUGAUGAAGUUCUCCACGAAAGCUAUGUACUUCGAGCCGGGCUAUGAGUACAAAGCCCUUGUGGCCGGACGGAAUCUCCAGGAGCCGGAAUAUGCCACCGUCAACUGGGAAUAUCCCACCAAUAUACUGAAUCCCCUCACUUGGCGCAUCCUAUCCGCGCCAAGAAUCUAUUUGGAGUACAUCCUCAUCGAGGCAAUGGAGUCCAGUGAGCUCUACCUGAAAUUGUGUCCCCAGCACGAGGGAUCCAUUCUCGCGGGCGCCGAAAACGUCCUCCGCUCCAGUUAUUGCAAGGAUUAACUAUCCUAAUCUAUUUAAUCGACAACCGAUCAACUUUAGUAGUUUAUAAUCUAAUUGAUUAUGAUUUUGGUCUUAAAAGGCCAAUAAUUUACUAGCUAGUUUACCUACGAGGGUAUACCCCUUUGGAUAAACUACCUAGUUAAUUAUGGUUUCACAUUAAUCAUUUCAUUUAAUUAAUUAAUUAUCUACUGAAUUUUGUAUUGCACGCAAGCUAUAUUAUUUUUUAAUUAGCUUUGAUAAUUACUUAGCUAAUUAAUUAAUAAUUUAGCUAUUACUGCUUUAUGUAAAAUAUAAAAGCAAGCAGUGCAGGUUCGCGCCAACGCUUAGUUGUGCUCACAACCAGAACGCAGCAAGUGGUGCAAGAUCGAAAAGUGUUCCCACUUUGAUUUGUAUAGCAACUGGCAAAGGAGGAACAGUUUGUAUUUUAUUAUAGUAUUUAAAUAGUUCGCAAAACGAAACAAUCAUCAAACCGUUAUUUAUUUUAUAAACUAAUUUUUUUCAUUUUUUUUUGAGUGUAUUAAAUGUAUUUUUAGUUGUAGUACAUUGAUGUAGCCUAAUUUAAUGUAAAUA